AUGCUCAGUAUUUGGCCGCGCUUCGACUCCAUCGAAAUGGUUUGGACAACGUUGCUUGCCGUUGUGGUUGCCCUGUUGUGUGUCGUAGGGUCGCUGGUGUAUUACAUCAUACGGAAGCAAUCGUACUGGAAGGAUCGUGGCAUACCCUACCUGAAACCGGCCUUCCUUCUCGGCAUCUUCAAGGGUAUCGGCACUACGGUACACUUCACGCCCGUCCUGAAAGAAAUGUACCGCACCGGCAAGGGCAAACAUCCGUUCUCCGGGGCGUACAUGAUGAUCGCACCGGCGGCCGUCAUCAACGAUCCGGAGCUGGUGAAAAACAUCUUCGUGAAGGAUUUCCAUUACUUCCACGAUCGGGGUGUUUACUACAAUAAAAAGCACGACCCACUGACGGCCCAUCUGUUCAAUCUCGAGGGUCAGGAGUGGCGCUUUAUGCGCAACAAGCUCUCGCCAACGUUCACGUCGGGCAAGAUGAAGAUGAUGUUUCCUACGAUCGUUGCCGUAGGAAGGCAGUUUUGUGAAUUUCUCCAGCAAACCGUAACGAAUGGUGAGGGUGGCAGUGAGGUGGAUCUGUUGGAUUUGAUGGCACGCUUCACCACGGACGUCAUCGGCACGUGUGCGUUCGGUAUCGAGUGUAACUGUGUGAAGGAUCCGGAAGCGGAGUUUCGAGUGAUGGGACGUAAGAUUAACGAGAAGCCUCCGGGUGGUCUGUCGGCCGUUCUCAUUAUGGUUGCGCCGAAUUUAGCGAAGAAACUGGGCGUACGGUUUCUGCCGCGCGAUGUGUCCGAGUACUUCCUGCGAGUCGUUCGGGAGACGGUGGACCAACGGUUGAAGCAUGGUAUUAAGCGGAACGAUUUCAUGGACCUACUGAUCGGCAUGCUGGACGAAGCACGUCCGAAUGGUAGUGGGAAUGGUGAGGAUAUGCUUAACUUCAAAGAGCUGGCCGCUCAAGCGUUCCUCUUCUUUGCGGCUGGCUUCGAGACAUCGGCUACGCUGUUGUCGUGGGCUUUGUAUGAGCUUGCGCUCAGCGAAGAGAUCCAGAGCCGAGCCCGACAGUGUGUCAAGGAGGCCGUGGACCGUCAUGGUGGUGAGAUGACGUACGAUGCGAUCAUGGAGAUGAAAUAUUUGGAUCAAAUUCUCAAUGAAACCAUGCGCAAGUACCCAUCGAUAGCGAUGCUCUUACGGAUUGCUUCGAAAGACUAUCCUGUCCCCGGGACGGACUCGGUAAUCGAAGCCAACACACCGGUCCUGGUGCCGAUCUAUGCGAUGCACCACGAUCCACAGUAUUUUCCCGAUCCGGAUCGGUUCGAUCCGGACCGCUUUACACCGGAAGCGAUGGCAGACCGACAUCCCUUCGCUUGGCUUCCGUUCGGUGAAGGGCCGAGGAUGUGCAUCGGAAUACGCUUCGGUAUGAUGCAGUCUCGCAUUGGAUUAGCGCUUCUGCUCGCUGGCUAUCGUGUGCAGCCCUGCCCGAGAACAACCAUCCCGAUGGAGUUUCUUAUCACAAGUUUGAUUCUGUACCCGAAAGAUGGAAUGUGGUUAAAGGUGACGAAGGUGUAACCGUGUACCGUUAU